CGCCUCUCCACCUUUCUGCACACCUGGAGCUUGGUCUGCAGGAUGCAACAAGCAGGCCGGCUGAGGCUGAGGCCGUGGCUGGAGGAGCAGAUUCAGUCUGGGAGGUAUCCAGGAGUCAGCUGGCUAGACCAGUCAGCACGAAUCUUCCAAAUCCCGUGGAUACACGCCGCUCGUCACGGAUGGAGUAUUGACCGAGAUGCCACACUGUUCAGGAGUUGGGCCAUGCACACUGGACGAUAUCGUCCGGGCAAAGACAAGCCAGAUCCCAAGACAUGGAAGGCAAACUUCCGCUGUGCCUUGAAUUCCCUGCCCGACAUCUGUGAGCUGCAGGAGCACAGCAAGAAGAGAGGCAGCAACGCCUAUAGAGUCUACAGGAUGCUGGCCAGCACACAAGCACACAGACGCAGGAGAGGGUUGCGGCUGUUCGACAGGCCUCGGGAAAGACAGGCGAGUUUAGGUGAUGAUACACACGCCGCGCAUGCUCGGCAACCCACGACAAGACCCGGUUCAGACCCACCGCAGAAGGCGGAGAGCCCUGCAGAAGACACGAUUGGCAACAUGCAAACGCACGGGACCUGGGAGGCCAAAUCAGAGGACCAGGAGCAGAAUGAGGCUGUGUUUAAGUUGAUGGACCACUUAAGCAACACUGACGUCUGGAACCAGACUGGGGAGCAGAGAGGAUGGAGAACUCACACACUGUGGGACAACUGGCACUGCGCUGGUGAAGACAACCUGUACUCUCUGCACACAGAGACCGGCAGUGAUCCGUUUGGUCCAAACUACAUCAAGGAGCUCUCCGAUUGGCCCAUGCACUAGCAAACACCGAUGACUCCUCCUGCGUCUCUUUGUGUUACUGUCACCACAACAUUCGAUUACAAGCUGGUUUUCCUUCAGGCUUUCUUGCUGACCGUCAGCUGGUUUCUUCUGGCCGUCUGUCUGCUGACCACUGAAGAAGGGAAACGAGAGAGGCCGGGCGGACGUCAGUCAGUCGGUGGACCCUCCUCUCUGUUGAGCAUGCCGAGAUGAAGCUCCUGUUCCAAGCCAAGCUUUCUCUCUGGCAUCAUCACUUGGGUUCUCUAUGGUUCAAUGCCUCAAACUCACCGACAUGACACCAAGCUCAGAGUAAACAGAUCUCAUUUCCCUGUCGUGCAGGAUCAGUUAUUGCUCUUCCUUUUGUUCGUUUUACUGGAUAUUUAACAUACAAGUUAGUGCAGAACAGCUUUUAGUUAGAGCAAUUUUUAAGUCUUCUAAAAUAUAUACUAAAUGUUGUAUAUUUUCAUGCAGCACAUGGUGCAGUUU